AGCCUCUUACAGCUGCUUGCUGUAAGGUGUCGUUUCUGUAUCUAGGCAGGAAUAUAAACACAAAUGCUGCCUAAUAAGAUAACAAACUGACCGUGAACGCAACAGUUGAUUUUAACAGUUAUAUGCGGAUGAUUUGAAUUAGCUGUGUGUGUGGUUAACUAUAUCUAUCCUCACUACAGUGUUCCCAUCUAACUGAGGAGAAAACAUACCCAGGCUUCGUCUUCAGGAACAAAUAGAAGGAGGAAAAGCGAUGUGCGUCCACUCCACCAAUCUCCGUCAUUUUCCCGUGUCUUGCCGUGACCCCUCCUCUUCCCCACUUCCUCUCUCAUCCCGCAACCCCCCUUUUCAGAGCGACUCUCUCCAACACGCUGUGUUGUUGACGCUCGUUAUAAAGCAGAACGCUCUUGUCGCUCCUUUCAGUCCGCAGCGCACAGACCCGCGCGAGCGCAACUUGCAGAACAUUUCACAGUGCGCUCACGGCGAUGUCUCCGCUGCUCUCGCCGACUGGAUUUACCCUCCAGUAGUCGCUGUUUAGGGCAACCACACACACACCUUCCUACUCCACCUUCUACACUCCUGACACCCACCUGGAGCGGCAGCUUUAGCUUCUUCUUCUUCUUCUUCUUCUCCUCCGGUGCCAAACUUGUUCCACUGUCAUGGGGCGCGCGGUGUCCUUCUCACCAGGACUGCUGAGGAAAUCGGCCGCACUGUGAGGCACCAGAUACACGGUGGAUUUAUGAUCGGCGAAGCCUCAACUAGAAGCCCAGUGGGAAAUUAGCGGAAGUUUGAGUGCCGGCAGGAUGCGGGUGACGUGCUGGUGCGCCUUGGUCCUCCUCCUGACGCCCGCCUUUUGUCUGGUUUCAAGUGCCCAUGUCAAGUCUGGAAGCCCGAACUUAGCGCUAAAGCAUCUCUGGACAGAAAACAGUAAGGAUAUGUCAAUAAGUAGGCUGCUGACACAAACACUCCAUGGUAAAGAGAACAACACAGCUUUAAACCCUCACUACGACGCUCCCGAACCAUACUCGGACCAGGAUCUGUGGGACUGGCUAAGGAAUUCCACAGAUCUGCAGGACUCACGACCGCGGGCCAAGCGGCGGCCAAUGGUGAAGACGGGAAAAUUCAAGAAGAUGUUUGGCUGGGGGGACUUUCAUUCCAACAUCAAAACAGUCAAACUCAACCUUCUCAUUACUGGUAAGAUCGUGGAUCACGGCAACGGGACAUUCAGUGUUUACUUUCGCCACAACUCCACAGGUCAGGGCAACGUCUCGGUCAGCCUGGUCCCUCCGACAAAGAUCGUGGAGUUCGACGUGGCAGCGCAACAGUCUGUCAUCGACGCGAAAGACUCCAAGUCCUUCAACUGUCGCAUUGAGUAUGAGAAGGUGGAGAAAGGUGCUAAGAACACUCUUUGCAACUUUGACCCAUCCAAGACCUGCUACCAGGAGCAGACACAGAGCCACGUGUCCUGGCUCUGCUCCAAACCUUUUAAAGUCAUUUGCAUCUUCAUUUCCUUCUACAGCACUGACUACAAACUGGUGCAGAAAGUGUGCCCAGACUACAACUACCAUAGUGACACACCUUACUUCCCCUCCGGCUGACCGUCAAAUAAAACCAGUCAGACGAUAGAUAAGCGGAGCGCAGGACGGGGCUUAUUCCCAGUCCGGAGAAAUAUGUUGAGGUUUUUUUUUUGUUUUUUUUUCAGAUAAUGUUGAAACAUGGGAAUGUUAACAUUUCAAAUCGUUUUUUUUUCCAUGUAACCAUUGUAAAUUUUGCGUGUCUGAUUAUUUUAUCCUGUUAUCCCACACAUAUAUAGAUAUAUAGAUAUAAAGUAGAGAUGACAUUUAAAGUCGUAAAAUGACUUAAAUGAUCUGGAAAGCUGUGCUAAAACUAUCAGGUAUAUAUUUUUUUGUCCUACGAUUAUUACGUAUUAUUUUGAGUUAAUAUCAUGUAUUUAUGUACGUAUUUUAUUUAUCCGUUUGCUUGGUUACCUUGUUCUGGCCCGUGGCCAACACGUUUUCUCCCUGGACACUUUAACAUUUGGCCCCUGCUGUGCUAAUAAUAUGCAGCAGUUUAUCCUGCGUAAAAGAGAACACACCUCAAAUAUAAAAAAAAAAAAAAAAAAUAAUAAAACACACACACACACAUACAUAUAUAUAUAUAAAUAUAUAAAUAUAUUUACUAGUUAACAGUGGUGCCGGCAAGGUACCUUAAGAGGAGAGUGAAGACUCGAUGUGAGUUGGAUGGAUAUAAAAAUGUGGGGUGGUCCUAUCUGUCUGAUAUCCCUCAGGUGAUCCUAAUUCAGGAGAGAAGACAAACGUAACAUGUUCUGAUACUCUACCACAUUCAGAUGCAAACUGCAGAUGGACUGCCUUGCUCUUGGCGGACGGAAUGUCCAAUCACCUGACCGAGUGACUGAAUCAUUGACUUGUAUGGGGCUUGCUCAUUGUUACCUAAUAUAUAAGCUGUAAUGUAUUGAAUUCAAUAUCUUAGAAUCGAAUUUGUAUAAAUGGGUCGUAUUGUACAAAGUUUAUCCCAAUUGCGCUGCUUCUACACACGCCACCUUGCCAUAAGCUGUGUUCCUCUCCUCGGCGAGUCCUGUUGUACACUCCAUUUAUGCUUGGUUUGGUUCCUCUAGCAAAGAAAUUGAUGUCGCUGCCCUAGAUGUGGACUUCAUAAAAACAGCAAUCCUCUAAAGCUGUAAAACUGACUGAAAAAUAUUAUAAAAAAAAAAA